UGUCUACUAGCCGCCUCCAUUACGCGUUGUGCAGUGAAACAUGCUGGACUCCCAAGUGCCUCUCCGCAGGUGUCGAUGUGCAGCAGUAUACAUGUGUAGCGGAUGUGUAAGAGCACACAUGUGCAGUGGCUGUGUAGCCCUCCGCGGCUAGCUGUCGGUUGUGUGCUGCAGGCUCUGAUGGCCCUGGCUGCUAGCAGCACUACUACAAACCAUGCUGCUUCCAUGAUUGUUUUAGUGGUUGUGACACUGCAAAUGCUCCUCACAAAAGGCAGCAGGCAAGCCUGCAGUGCCCCAAAGAGCGUGGAAAACACUGUGUGUCCUGAAACUCAAACCUAUUUGGCUAAUGAAUACUUUCGUUAUGUGUGCAAAGAUGGCUUCAAAAGGCAAGCUGGUACAUCAAAUCUCGCUGUUUGCUUUUUUAAUACCACUAUUAAGGAAUUAGAAUGGAAAUAUGGAAACAUCUCAUGCAUCCGAGACCCAUCUAUUCCAAUCACCCCAGCCACUGUUCUAAAUACUCCACCCACAACAUCGGGGUCAAAGUCAAGCCAUGUCUCCACUUUUCCAUCUACCCAUGUGGAGACAAUCACAACAAGGUUAACAACACCAUCAGUGAAAACUCGUGAGACACCGACAUCGAAAACAAAAGUAACACAAUUAGUGCAUGAUCCUGGACUUACUCCCGUAAGAUAUCUAACCACUAUUUAUGAUCACACUACACCGGGACAAACAUCAGCCAUUCCAGGGUCAAGUUCAAGCCAUGCUUCCACUUCAUCUACACAAAUAGAGGAAUUCACAGCUAAUUUAUCAACAUCAGCUGAGCAGAGCCAUGAGACCUUUACAUCAAAUUCAAAAUCAACACCGGUAACGAAAGCUCCUGGACAGACUCCUGCCUUAGAACAAACCACUACGGAUGAAACACAAGGAUGGAGAAACUCGACAGAACAUAUGGAGCCUCAAACUAAAACAAUAGUAGGCAUAUCUGGGGGCUUUGUAGUCCUUGCAGUCGUCAUCCUGCUCAUUUAUUCCAUGAUAAGGCACAGGAAUAGACAUUCUCAGCCAGUUACUGCAGAUAUCCAUGUGCCACUUCAUCAUAGUAAUACACAUGACAGCUCUUUGUCUCCUAAUUUGACAGUGAAUGAAGAAUCAGGAUUUCUGUAAUGUACUAUCAUGGCAAUUAUGUAUGUAGCAGAUAAUAUUGUUUCCCGACACUGUCCAGCGUUUCUGCACAUCAUCUGUGAGCGUCUGUACUAUGGGCAUAGUCCUGAAGAAGAGAAAAUGACAAGUGUCUGAAAAUGGAAGACUGGCUGGGCCAAGUGGUUCUUAUCUGCCAUCAAAUUCUGUGUUUCUGUGAGAAGGAUUAGCAUGUGUGAAUUACAGAGACAACGCAGCAGUAUAUAAGAUGGGAAAAGUCUGGACACAUGAUACUUGCAUUGGCCGUCAGAGUGCGUACUGCCGAAAAAGAAUCAGCAAGUGGUGGCAUUAUGUAUUUGGUGCAACACUGAUACAUUGCUUUUCCUCUGCACUGGAAUCUAGAUCUGUGUUGUUGAGACAUACCAGAGUCACAGACCAGACACAGAAUCUCCGUAGGAAUGGGAUAAAGUGGAGAGAGAUGAAGUACCUACCAACCAGCUUUUGUCAUUUUUCAAACACAGCCUGUAACAUGGAAGUUAGAGCUUUCUCCACUCUCCAAGACUUAGUACAUCUCCCCCUAUAGACUUUAAAGAAAUAAUAAAUAUUGAAAACAUUAGCUGUAAA